CGUGUGGACCUUUGGUAAGUACCUUUAAGUUCGAACUAAGGUACUUCGACUUCAGCUACGUUAUUCACGUAGCUGAAGUUGCAUAUCUUAGUUCGAACUGGGGGGUUAGUGUGGACCAGCCCUUUGUGUGGGACCUGAGUAUGCUACUUGUAUAUAUACCAACCACGUAGCAGCCUGCAGACUAGACUGGGUUUGAGCAUCUGCACUUUUUUCCUUUAGGAACCUGUGACCAAUAAUAAAGUGACCAACAGCCUUCUUAAAACAAAGCAUUUUUAUUUAGUAGUUGGAGUAAAGCGUUAGAGAGGAUUUCAAAGCAACCGCAUGCAUGUAUAUUUAGUCUCAUCUAAUCUUACACUUCAGUACAAGCUAAAUUGGAUGAGUUUUCCUCUUAAAUUACAGCGACAGAACUGAACCAACUCCUAGUGUCUGAGAUAGGAUUGUCAUCUCUUGAGUUGCAAAAAAACCAGCCAUAAGCCAUUCCCCCACCAACAAAAAGGGUCUUAGUGCCGACUACAGCUACUUAUUACUAAAAUGGUUGAGAACCAUUUGACACAAAAAAAGCCCUACAAUAUGUGUACGUUUAUCAUCAUUUUUCUUACCUUAGCCUAAGCCAGUGUCGCAGUCUGGAUUAUGGAGAUGUGUAUCAGAGCGCUCUAACGUGUCCCCUCCCAAGCAGGCUGGAAAAAACUGUCACAUUAUAUCUUUUAGUUAGCCAGACAGAAUGAAAACUGCCCAGGUGGCAACCCUAACUUGAGGAGGUGUCAGUCUAGUUUUUCCUGUUAACUCUGGGCUAACUGCACCUCUGACCCCUCCGGUUCUCCUUGAGUACACCCUCUCUCAGGCCUCGGGCCUAUCACCUCUCUAAGUGGGAUCACACAAUUCUGCUUUCAGACCAAGCUGUGGGCUGCAGUCUUCUGUGCAUGAACUGUGAUUACCUCAGCCAGGCCUCACUAAGACUCUAUACAUGCAGUGCUGCUCCUUUCGGGAGCCAUGACUAGUGGUUAAUACAGUGCCCAGGCAGCCUUCUUAAAGCAAAGUAUUAUUUUAGAACCAAAACAUUUCAGAGAAAACAAUAAACAGGCUGUUUGUUUGCUUAUCUUUUCCUAAGGCAAGCAUUCUCUGGGCCCAGCUGCUUUCAGACACUCCAGCCAGUCCUCUGUCUCUGUUCCAUCCCAGCCUGGUCUCCCCAGGAAGAGCACACCCCACUCACACACAGUUGCCCAUGCUGAAAUAGGCCAGAUCUCCAGAAAACUCGAGCAUCAUGCACCCUGCUUUUACAUCCAAUAUAGGUAUCCAUGAUGAAUAUGCCAUGGUACUCUACAAGGACCUGGAGUAGUAUCCUUUCCUGUGAAUGUGCUUGCUUGCUUGAAAUGGCUGCAUAGGAUGGGUAUGUGUGUGCCAUUGAUCACACCUGCAUAGUUCAGGAACCCCAUCCAUUCAAACCCCACAAUUAUUAAAUAAAUUUGUCCAAUUUUUAAAACCUUGGAAGACAGUCCAGCAUUAAUUGCUUCACAAACCUCCAUGGCCACAGUGCCAAUCAUGGAUUUGCCUACUAUGAAUUGAUUACCAACAGGUUGGUAACAGUCUGGGGUUGUGAGCUUCCACAGUGCUAUGCACCAUGCUUCUAGAGUGGUUAUGAGCUCUCUCCUCAGGUGUUUUGCUACUCAAGACCUAAGAUAAACUCCCCUCAGCUCCAGGUGGACCCUGGCUUUCCACACAAAAGUUCUGGACCCACUGUUUAUCAUCCCAUGUUUCCAGCACAACAUGGUUCCACCAGUGUGUGCUCGUGGUCCUUGGUCCAGAAGCAGUGGUCUGCAUAGGAAAGAUCUGCCACAGAAAAACAUCCGUUCGGUCCGUGCCUCCAUCUCCCCAUGGUCCCCUUCUGUUCUUGUGCUUCUGUUUGUAAUCCCCUGACUCUAUCUUCUCCAGGCUAAAAGCAGCCUCUGAAAUACACACCACUAUCUCUUGGCAGCAACUUCUGCAGAGGCAUGAAAAAACUUCUCCAUAAAAAACAGUAGCUGUCGGUUAUUAGAGUGAGCAGGAUCCGUUAUCUUCUGCAUAUCACACAAUACCACAGGGUCUGCCAGAAAAUGGAUUUCCUGGCCCCAGAUCAUUUCCUCCCACAAUCCUUAGAAUGGGCAGAUGAGUUGCCUCUCAGCACCCUGUGAACAUGAGCACAGGGUGACACAGUGAGUUGUUGCUUUGAACCUUGGGACUAUGUGCCCGGAUAGUUGUAUUGCUUAUCAUCCUCAAAUACAAUGGUGAUGUGUUUAUUCUGACAAUGGUUGUGCUGCAAUAGGUGAGGCUACUGCUUAGAUUGACUAACCAAUGGUUAGCAUGCAGUGAUGACCUCGGUGGGUAAGUUCUGCCAUCCAGUCUGCCCCUCUAGUGUGAUGUAUCCAUUCUGUUACAUAGUACAGAACAGGCCGUGACAGUCUUCAUUAUAAAAAAGUACUCCAUUUUUGGCACAGCAUACAUGUUUCUUCCUGCUUUAAAGUGUGCAAAUGUGAAAAGUUACUUCACUCCCUAAUUCAUUUUUUUUAAAAUAAAAUUAAAAUUCAGCAGCAAAUUUGCAGUUUUUCUAAUACCAAGUGAAUUAUUAAAAGAGAAGGAAUGUUCAUCAAAAUUUAUGCUUUCCUUUCAAAAAUAACAAUUGAGUUUAUGAUCCCUCGUAACAAAGCAUUUUGUUUUUGCUGAUCCUAGCCAAAAGCAGAAGGAAGAGUGUCAGCAUUCACAUUAUGUGACAGAUGAUUUGACAAAGUUAGUCAGGAACUUGAAUGCUUUUGUGGCAGAAGAUUGGUGCUGUGUUGUGAAAGAUGCUUUGCAACAUUUGUUUGUGCAGGAGCUGGUGAUAAUAGGUUGACAUUAAGCUAUUUUUCUGUCUGAUAAAUGCAAAGAUUCAGGAUGCAGCCAAUUGCCGAAUGAGUUGGAUUUGACGGGGAACCCUUCAGCAAAGUCUGGGUAGGGUUGGGCAAGAACUCAACAACAGGAAAAGCCAUAUCAGGAGGAGCAGCUGCUGUGCCCUGAAGGUUUUUUCACUCGUGAUCUAAAUCUAUAGUCACGGGUGAGUGUAUUUAUUUCCAACCGACCUGGGAAAAUCAAAAUAUUCCUUUACCUGAGAAAUAGUUUCUAUUGAAAUAAGCAAUAAAGUAAUUACUGCCUUGGGAUCCAAAAUCUUCCUGAUCCAAGUUUCAUUCAAGAGGGAUUCUUCGAAAGAGAAGGAAGUUACAUGAAGAUAACCCUUCAGUUGACUUUUAGAGAACAUUGCCAAGUAGGAUACCACAGAGAACAAUAGGACAAGAAGCAAAUUAACUGAAGAUAAAGACGGAAAAGUUGAGGCCAUGUGUUCUAUUAAGAUUGAGUCUGUUGUGAAGGAGAAGAACAGGAUGGGAGAGUGCCCAGUAUGGGAAGAAAGGGAAAAUGCACUUGUAUAUGUGGAUAUUAAUUCACAGAAAGUUUGCCGCUGGAACUCAGUCACCAACGAGGUGCACAGUGUGUCUGUGGAUGCUCGCGUUGGCUCGGUGGCCCUUCGAAAGUGCGGGGGUUAUGUCAUUGCCUUGGGAACCAGAUUUGCCUUUUUAAACUGGGAAAUGGAGUCAGUAACCACUAUUGCAGAACUUGAACAGGAUAAACCAAACAACAGGUUCAAUGAUGGGAAAGUGGAUCCAAAGGGGAGAUUUUUUGCUGGUACCAUGGCUGAGGAGACAGAACCUGGUGUGCGAGCGAGAUGCCAAGGUGCCCUCUACACGCUCUUUCCUGAUUAUUCUGUAGUGAAGCAGUUAGACCAGGUGGACAUCUCUAAUGGAUUGGAUUGGUCACUGGAUCACAGAACCUUCUUUCAUAUUGAUAGUCUGGCGUAUGCUGUCCAUGCUUUUGACUAUGAUGUGCACACAGGAAAAAUCGCCUGCUGUAAAGUUUUGUACCAAUUAGAAAAGGAGGAACAAAUGCCUGAUGGAAUGUGUAUUGACGCAGAAGGGAAACUUUGGGUGGCCUGUAUCGAUGGAGGGAGAGUGAUCCGUAUAGAUCCUGAGACAGGGAAAAGAAUCCAGACGGUGAAGCUGCCUGCUUCAAGGAUCACCUCCUGCUGCUUUGGUGGAAAAGAUUAUUCAGAAAUGUAUGUGACUUCUGCAUAUGAUGGGCUAGACAAGGCAGCUUUGGCAAAGGAACCUCGGGCAGGGGAGAUUUUCAAGAUAACGGGCCUGGGUGUGAAAGGAAUCCCACAAUAUUCAUACGUUGCUUAAAUAUUAACUAUUUAUAGCAAACAAAAUAAAUGUAUGGCCCAUGCAGGAGCAGUUUUGAACAGGAACCGUUCACUGAAUUGCAAAACUAUCUAUCUGAAUAUUUUUCUAUGCACCUUUUGGAGCUUAGAACUAAUUUUUUCUUCUCCAUGUUUGGCUCUACAGCAUGGUACCAGAGUGGAAUUUUAGCAGAAGCAGAUAAAUGAGGUAACCCUAGAAGUGAAAACAGAUUUUCAGAAUGUGUAGGCUUGUAAAAUUUCUUAUGAUCUUGCAUAAGCCUUCUUUAUUAUUUACUCCAGCAUUCCUAGUUUAAAAAAAAAAAUUCUUAUGGCCAGUUCUGCCCUGGCCUACUUAUGUAGUUCUGAAGGCAGAAUUUGAUUUAUGUUUUCAUGUUACAAAGAUGUAAUUGUAGUGAGAUAUGCUCCGAUUUACAUUACUUUUUCAAACGUGCUGACUUGAACCUGACGGUUCUUCUGCUUUUGGAUUUCCCAUAAGGGUCUAUUUUUGGCAGUCCUACUUCUCCAUUUUUAGUUAUUUAUUUUGCCCCACUGAACCUUUUGUCCUUUCACUGUCUUUAUUUCAGUCUUGUCUUUUUAGUUGAGGCCAAAUUCUGUGCAGUUGAAAAUAAACUGUGAUCAUGUUA